AUGUUAGCCGCACCGCUUCAGCGGAAUAACGGGACUGUUAAGUUUUUGACAAAGGGUGACAACAACGCCGUUGAUGACCGAGGGCUCUAUGCUUCUGGCCAGGAUUGGCUGGAAAGGAAACACGUCAUGGGCCGUGCCAAAGGUUUUCUUCCCUAUAUCGGAAUGGUGACCAUCAUUAUGAACGACUACCCCAAGUUCAAGGUUGGUUGUCCUUUGUUCAGCUUGUUUGCCUAUGCUUUCCACUAUGCCACCUCAAUAUCGCAACCAUUUGAUCUUCAGCACAACAAUGCGAUCGGGAAUAUGGUGAAUGAUAGGCUGCUAAACGAUCCGGUCGGGGAGCAUGCUCGUCCCAUUGUGCCCUGGAGCUUGUAG